CGGUCCGCACCAUUGCAUGUUGAAUUGUUAAUCGCCUAUUGAUCGCUAGUGCUAGCCUUUACAACGAAGAUUUUAUUGUUCAGACAAGUGACAACUCAAGAAUUCUUCAAGAUUCACUUUCACUAGAUGCAGGAGUCUUCAGAAAUGAAUUGUCCCCCAGGAGUGCUAGUCAAAGGUGAGAUUCAGCCUCAGUAUGAACGAGUUCUGACGUACGAUGCGCUGGCGUUCCUGGCCGAUCUUCACCGACGUUUCAACUAUGCCAGACUUCAACUGCUCGAGAAGAGGCUCAAGAGGCAGCUUGCUAUCAAUGCAGGGCAACCCAUGGAGUAUCCCAAACCAAACCAUGGUGAUGACUGGAAGGUUGCACCAGUCCCAGCGGACCUACAGCGGAGACAUGUUGAAAUCACGGGACCAACUGACCGUAAGAUGGUCAUCAAUGCUCUUAACAGUGGUGCUGAUAUUUUUAUGGCUGAUUUCGAAGACUCGUUAAGUCCCACGUGGAAGAACAUUAUCGAGGGGCAGGCAAAUCUUAUGGAUGCAGAGAGAGGAACGAUUACUUUCCAAAAUGCCGAUGGCUCCCUGAGGAAACUGAAAGAAAAGAUAGCGUGUUUGAUUGUAAGGACGCGAGGAUGGCAUCUUGAUGAAGGACAUAUACUUUGUGAUGGUCAACCAAUGGCCGGUGCCCUUGUGGACUUUGGUCUCUAUUUCUUUCAUAACAUUCACGUACGCAUGCAGCGAGGUUCCGCUACAUACUAUUACUUACCCAAAAUGGAAACCUUCCUGGAAUGCAGGCUGUGGAAUCAGGUGUUUCAGGCAGCUGAAGAGUAUCUCCAGAUCCCUGAAGGUACUAUUCGAGCAACUGUCAUGAUCGAGACGUUGCCUGCAGCGUUGGAUAUUGAAGAAAUGAUUUACGAGUUGCGUGAAUAUUGCUGCGGGGCUAACGCCGGAAGAUGGGAUUACAUUUUCAGUAUCAUCAAAAGACUUCAGAGUAAACCGGAAGCUGUUUUACCUGACAGGAAGCAGGUGGCGAUGACAGUGCCAUUCAUGAGAUCUUACACGGAUCGCAUUGUGAAGAUAUGUCACAAACAUGCUGCGCAUGCUAUGGGUGGGAUGUCCGCUUUCAUUCCGAGCCGACAUGACGAGGAGAUCAAUAAGAAAGCAUUCUCUCAAGUGAAAGGAGAUAAAGAACGAGAGGUUGCCGAUGGUUUUGAUGGAACAUGGGUAGCUCAUCCUGACCUAGUGAAGGUUGCACGAGAAGUAUUUCUAAAAGGUAUGCAAAAUGCCAACCACCAAAAACAUCGCCUGCGCGAAGACGUUAAUGUAACAGUGAACGAUUUAACUACGAUCAAGGUUGAUGGAGGAAAGAUUACCGAGGCUGGUGUUCGAUUGAACGUGUCUGUUGCUCUUAAAUACAUUAACGAAUGGCUACAGGGGAGAGGUGCAGUUGCCGUGAACAAUUUGAUGGAAGACGCUGCCACCGCUGAGAUAUCGCGUGCUCAACUUUGGCAAUGGUUACGUCAUUCUGUGAUCCUGGAUGAUGGACAAACAUUUACUCCAGACAUGUAUCGUACCAUCCGUGAGGAAGAGUUUGGUAGUCAGGGGGGAGCUGGCAAAGGGAGACUACAGCAAGCUUCCGAAAUAUUAGAUCAUCUUGUUUUGUCAAGAAACAUGGAGGAAUUCCUGACAUUGCCCUCAUAUAAAGUACUUGACAACUCACAGGCCAAACUUUAAAAUGUUACAGAAACUGGAAGAUAGUGCUAUGGAUAGUAAUAACUGUUGUUGAUGUUUAGAACUUUCAUAUGAAAAUCAAAUGAAAAAAAAUUGAA